AUGGCGGCUAGGGACCGCUUCGGUGCCUACGCUGAACCAGGCCUGUCACCGUUGCAACGGGCAAUCCGAAAUGCCUGCGACCCCCAGAACUACGAGCCCAACUUGGCCCUCAACCUUGAAGUUACGGACCUGAUCAACACCAAGAAAGGCAAUGCACCUCGUGAAUCGGCAUUCGACAUCGUUCAUCUGAUCAAUUCUCGGAACCAAAAUGUUGCGCUGUUGGCGUUGGCGCUACUCGACAUCGCCGUCAAGAACUGCGGAUAUCCCUUCCAUCUCCAGAUCGGUACAAAGGAAUUCUUGAAUGAAUUGGUGCGCCGGUUCCCCGAGAGGCCGCCCAUGCGGCCUUCCAGGGUCCAGCACCGCAUCUUGGAGUCGAUCGAGGAGUGGCGGCAAACAAUCUGUCAAACAUCGCGGUACAAGGAAGACUUGGGUUUCAUUCGGGACAUGCACCGACUCCUGUUGUACAAGGGAUACAUGUUCCCGGAAGUCCGCCGGGAAGACGCCGCAGUGUUGAACCCAAGUGAUAACCUCCGGUCUGCCGAUGAGAUGGAAGAAGAAGAGAAAGAGGCCCAGUCUGCCAAGUUACAAGAGCUGAUUCGGCGUGGCACGCCCGCCGAUUUACAGGAGGCCAACAGACUUAUGAAAGUUAUGGCCGGGUUUGACAAUCGGCACAAGACCGACUACCGCGCAAAGGCCGCUGAGGAGGUCGUUAAGGUGCAACAGAAGGCUAAGAUUCUGGAAGAGAUGUUACAAAACCAGCAGCCUGGGGAGACUGUCCCUGAAGGCGAUGUCUUCGAAGAACUCGCAGGUGCACUGCAAAGCGCUCAUCCCAAGAUCCAAAGGAUGUGCGAGGAGGAGUCGGAUGAUCCCGAGGCGGUUCACAAGCUGCUGGAGAUUAACGACAGCAUACACCGUACGAUUGAGCGGUACAAGUUGGUUAAGAAGGGCGAUUUAGAUGCCGCGUCCCGGAUUCCCAAGGGAACACUGGGUACGACAACUGGUGUUUCCACAAAUGCCAACAACGAGCUGUCUUUGAUCGAUUUCGACCCAGAACCUCAGCCUGCUUCUAAUGGCAACGAGGCGACACCCUCUCAAGGUGGAAGCUCAUUGGAAAAUGACCUGCUCGGCCUUUCACUUGGUGAACAAGGUCCCACUCAAGGCGGUGGCAUUGCUCUUGGUUCUAGUAAGUUGGACGCCCGCUGUUCGUGGGUAAUAGUACUGACUUUGGUAGACAACUCUGCAUCCAUAUCGGCCAGCUCAACACCACCUGCUCCACAACAACAAGCAUCAGCCGCCUUCAAACCUAAUUAUGACAUCCUAGCUUCCCUGAAUAGUUCGCGACCAGCCUCUCAAUCACCCACUCCCGUUAUGGGCGCACCGCCCCAAGCCCAACCAACAGCGACUCCGCCGCCCGCCGACCCCUUUGCAUCGCUAGUCUCUGCAAGCCCAAGGGCAUCUUCCAGUCCUUUCCAGCCACCGCAAAGUCGGCCCGCUCCCUCUGCUUCCUCGCUGCUUGAUCUAGCCGGUCCCCCGGCUCCAGCCCCACAGGCGCAGGCCGCCCCGGCUGAGGAUGACGAGUGGGAUUUUGCCUCGUCCUUACCAGCCAGCAAUACUCUCCCGUCGACUAACAAGAUCCAAGUUCUCAACUCUCAGCUGCGCGUUGACUUUGCUGCGCGUCGCGUGCCCAACCAGCCGCGCCAGAUUCACGUUGUGGCUAUAUUCUCAAACAACACUACUCAGCCUAUUGGGGAUCUCCACUUCCAAGUUGCGGUAGAAAAAUCUUAUACAUUGCAACUUCGGCCCCAAUCUGGCCGAGACGUUGCACCGCAGCAACAGAACGGUGUUCAGCAAGAGAUGCUUAUGGAUGGUAUCGAUGCAGGAAAGGGGAGCUCGGUGAAAAUUCGAUUCAAGGUCUCCUACAAACUCGGCAGCGAAGCCCGUGAGGAACAGGGCAUGGUGCCACCUCUCGGGAUCGCUUAG